AUGAAACGAUCAUUUGAAGAAGAAGAAAAAGAUGAUUUAGCUGAACGAAUAGCUUUAUCUUCAGGUUUUGUUAGUGUUAAAGAUGAUGAUAAUAUUCAAGUACUUUCAAUUGGUACUGGUACAAAAUGUUUAGGUGGUGACAAAGAUGAACGUGGUACACAAGGUUGUUUAUUACAUGAUAGUCAUGCAGAAGUUAUUGCACGAAGAGCAUUAAUGAGAUUCUUGUAUGAAGAAAUUCUCAAUGAAAAUAAUUCAAUAUUAAUUAAACAAGAAAAAAACAAAUUUUAUUUAAAUAAAUCCAUUUGUCUAUAUUUAUUUGUUUCAUAUCCACCUUGUGAAUUAGCUGCAUAUGUAUCUGAUCCAAUAAAACGACCAAAAUUUGAACAUAAAUCAUUAAAUGCAUCUGGAGAAGAACUUUAUUUAAAACCAGGAAAAGGUUUUCAAACAACAAGUCUUUCAUGUACAAAUAAAAUUAAUCGAUGGAUUUAUCAAGGUAUUGAAGGAACACUUUUAAAUCAAUUAAUAUUAUCACCAAUUAAAUUAUCUGGUUUAAUUAUUCAAACAAAUACUGAUUUAUCUUCUAUAUUUAAAGACAUAUCUGUUAUAUCUGUGAAAGAAUCUUUUGAUUAUGCUUGGUGGACAGGUCUAGAUCCAUCUUCUUCUGUAAUUACAGCUGAUGGAUAUCCUUUAGGACAAGUUAAAAAAUUAAGACAUAAACAACAAUAUGCAAAUUCAAUAGCUAAAUGUUCUCUAUUUAAACUUUAUCUUCAACUAAUGGAUAAUCUAUCAUCAAAAACAACAACAUAUGCACAAGCUAAAGCUCUGUCCUCGAAUUCAUUAAGAAAUCAAUUUAUGUUAGAUAAUCCACAAUGGAUAAUAACUGAUCCAAAUAUAUUUUAUUCAUUCACUCUAUCUUCUUGA